GUCGGGGCUCAGUCGCCCGCGCUCUUUCUGCGCUCAGCCAGCGGCCCGCGGGCCGAGGGUCAUGGGCGGACUCUUGGGGCGCGCCGCGCUGCCGGCGCUGCUGAGCGGCCCGCGGGUCCCGGCCCCCAGCCUGCUCGCGCGCCCCAGCUCGGGAGGGUCUUCCUGGACCCGGGAGCGGACCCUGGUUGCAGUGAAGCCAGAUGGGGUGCAGCGGCGGCUUGUUGGGGAUGUGAUCCAGCGCUUUGAGAGGAGGGGCUUCAAGCUGGUGGGGAUGAAGAUGUUGCAGGCACCAGAGAGAGUCCUUGCUGAGCACUACCAUGACCUGCAGAGGAAGCCCUUCUACCCAGCCCUCAUCAGCUACAUGACCUCUGGCCCCGUGGUGGCCAUGGUCUGGGAAGGCCCCAACGUGGUCUGCUCCUCAAGGGCCAUGAUAGGACACACCGACUCAGCUGAGGCUGCCCCUGGCACCAUCAGGGGGGACUUCAGUAUCCACAUCAGCAGGAACAUCAUCCAUGCCAGCGACUCCGUGGAGGGGGCACAGAGGGAGAUCCAGCUCUGGUUUCAGAGCAGUGAGCUGGUGGACUGGGCAGACGGAGGCCACCAGAGCAGCGUCUACCCGCCCUGAGCGCUCAGGCUGCCCUCAGCCACCCCAGCAGCCACCCAGGACAACUACCUCCAUCUCCAGAACUGGAGCCCACACCCGUGGUCUGCCCUGCUGUCCUGGACCACCUCCCCGUCUGCCUUCUGCCCCACCCCAGCCCAGAGGGCUUGAACAACCAGCUCUGUGUGCCUUUUAGUAUCCUAAGCCAGUAAGAAAUCGGGCCAAAUCCUUUCUGUACCAAAGUGCCAGACAACCUUUGGGGCAUCUCCAAAAGUGUGUAGUGUAACCUCUCUCCCCCCAAAGGGGAGUGGGACAUUAAAAUUCACUGUGUUGUGUA